UGGAGGAAAUCUUAUGUUUAAAAGUUUAUACAUUGCAUUGAAAAAUCAACGAAUUUCAUUUCUGAUUUUGUUUUAGAUGGAACGCAUUGUAACGCAAUUUCUUUUGUAAAUGAAAGUUAUUGAGGAAAAUCGAAAAUAACUCCCUGUUGUUGUCAUAAUGGUAAUUGUUUGGAUCCACUACAAAUACACUUUGCAUUCUUUAAUCACUAAAUGAUUUGUAUAGGCAUGUAUGUCUAAUGUCUGAUACGAAGCCAUCCAAGCUUCCGGCAAAGAAUGUCAUUCAAGGCACGCUUUUUGCAACACCUGCACAAAUAAGACAGUGGACCUUGUUAAAACCAACUUCUGUCACACCUGUUUCAUCUUGCUCUCACAAAGAAGCUGAAGAGAGCCGACCUGUCCUUCCGGAAAGCCUGGAAAGCAUACCGAAAGCGGAUUAUUUUCCCAACCAGCGUCACCGCUGGAAUACAAAUGAGGAAAUAGCAUCGCUGCUCAUCAGUUUUGAACGUCAUGAAGACUGGUUAUCAAAAGAAGUUAAGAUCAGGCCGAAAAGUGGCUCAAUGCUACUGUACAGUCGCAAGAGGGUACGGUACAGAAGGGAUGGCUAUUGCUGGAAAAAAAGGAAGGAUGGCAAAACCACAAGGGAAGAUCACAUGAAACUGAAAGUUCAAGGUACAGAG